AUGGAGCACGAUGUACUUGAGCUUUCGCCUGCGGUAAUUCUGUCCCUCGGCAAGGACGCUUUGUUCAUAUCAGGCCAGCCUGUGGGCAAACCCUGUCGAACCUGUGGUGUAGGGGUUAUGGAAGCAACUAGUGCGGCCCCCAGCACCAUUGACUACUACAAUAUACUCUGGGCUGAGAUCGCCGAGGAUCAUAGGCAUGUCUCUAUCGACUUCGCCAGCCAAGUCCGUUCGCAUUGCCUCGGUGUGCGUAAUGUCAAGCUGGCAAUCCCAGUUCUGCGACCUGAAGAGUCCAUUCGUGUCAUCCGGCAGAGCAUCACCCCAUGGAUCGAGCGCUUGUUAGAUCGCUCAUACGGCAGCGCUGCUCGCCGCAAGCGCGCCUGGGUCGUGGUUAAUCCACACGCAGGCCCCGGAAAGGCCGACGUGAUCUGGGACACGGAAGUUAGGCCGAUAUUCGAGGCUGCACGAAUGCCCAUGACUGUUGUCCAGACCACCUAUUCAGGCGAAGCCGUCAACCUGGCUAAGGAUCUAAAUAUUGAUGACUAUGAUAUUGCGAUUCCAUGCUCAGGCGACGGCCUCCCACAUGAGGUCUUUAAUGGCCUCGGCAAGCGUCAAGACGCUCGCCACGCGCUGUCCAAGAUUGCCGUGUGUCAUAUUCCCUGCGGAUCCGGAAAUGCCAUGAGCUGCAACUUGUACGGCACUCACCACCCUACCUUGGCCGCGCUGGCCAUCGUGAAGGGGGUGCCUACGCCAUUGGAUCUUGUUAGCGUCACUCAAGGUGACAGGCGGACGCUCAGCUUCCUCAGCCAAGCCCUGGGCAUGAUUGCCGAUUUGGACAUCACUACCGAGCCUUUGCGGUGGAUGGGAGCCGCGCGGUUCACCUACGGCUUCCUCGUCCUAGCAAUGCAGAGGAGGAUUUAUCCUUGCGAUAUCGCCGUCAAGGUAGAAAUCGAGCACAAGGAGGGCGUGAAGGCGCAUUACAGGCACCAGAUCACUCAGGGUGCGACGGGGGUUGGCGGGCCCGGGCGGCAGGGCCAAGCAUCCCCCCCUACGCCGGCUCUCACGGAGGGUAAUGGUGAUAUAGGCCUCCCCCAGCUGAAGUAUGGUACAGUGAUGGACAAGCUACCGGACGGUUGGGAACUCAUCCCGUACGAAAAGCUGGGGAAUUUCUACUGUGGUAACAUGGCUUACAUGGCGCCUGAUACCAACUUCUUCUCUGCCGCACUUGCUAGCGACGGCCUCUUGGACUUGAUAACAGUCGAUGGCGACAUAUCCCUCUUUAAGUCUAUUGGGAUGCAGCUCUCAGUGGAGUCGGGCCACUUUUUUGACAACCCGCUCGUUACAUAUCGCAAGGUCUCGGCAUACCGCAUUAUUCCACGCCCGAAGAGCCGCCGUGGGUACAUUAGUAUCGACGGCGAGUCCAUUCCAUGGGAACCAUUUCAAGCCGAGGUCCACCAAGGCCUCGGCCUGACGCUCUCCAGGAAUGGCGUCUUCGAGGCCCCGGGCCCCCUUGAAUGGGACAAAGUGACUAACACUGAGAGGUUGAGAGCUUAA